GCCACGGCAGAAGAAAGAAGAAUUUGAGACUAAACACUGUUUCGUUCAUCUCAUUGAAUUGAAGCGCACAAAAUCAGCCCCCGCCAGCCAACUGAGAGCGAGCGAAUCACGACGGUGUGAUGGGUCGCCAAGCCGUAGCCAAGCUGAUCGGUUCGAUCGCAUCGCGCAAACCAUCUCUUUCAACGUCUUUACUUCAGCGCCGUCAUUACUCCCCGGCUCCGCCCCCGCCCCCGGCUGUCUUCGUCGACAAAAACACUCGCGUCAUAUGCCAAGGCAUCACCGGAAAGAACGGCACUUUCCACACCGAGCAAGCCAUCGAAUAUGGCACCAAAAUGGUUGGUGGUGUAACACCGAAGAAGGGUGGGACUGAGCAUUUGGGACUUCCUGUUUUCAACUCAGUUGCAGAAGCAAAAGCUGAAACAAAGGCUAAUGCCUCAGUCAUAUAUGUUCCCCCACCAUUUGCUGCUGCUGCUAUUCUGGAGGCAGUGGAAGCAGAGCUGGAUCUUGUUGUCUGCAUUACUGAGGGGAUCCCACAACAUGAUAUGGUGCGUGUCAAGGCUGCUAUUAACAGGCAAUCUAAAACUCGGCUCAUUGGGCCAAACUGCCCUGGAAUUAUCAAGCCUGGUGAAUGCAAAAUCGGAAUUAUGCCUGGCUACAUUCAUAAACCUGGGCGCAUAGGAAUUGUUUCUCGAUCUGGUACCUUGACCUAUGAAGCGGUUUUCCAAACAACUGCCGUUGGCCUUGGACAAUCCACCUGUGUUGGUAUUGGGGGGGAUCCGUUUAAUGGUACAAACUUCGUUGAUUGCAUUGACAGAUUCCUACAAGAUCCUCAAACAGAAGGUAUCGUUCUUAUAGGAGAGAUUGGUGGGACUGCAGAAGAGGAUGCUGCUGCAUUGAUUAAGGAAAGUGGAACUGAGAAGCCUGUUGUUGCAUUUAUUGCUGGAUUAACGGCUCCUCCUGGUCGUCGAAUGGGUCAUGCUGGAGCUAUUGUGUCAGGGGGAAAGGGUACAGCACAAGACAAAAUCAAGACACUAAGGGAAGCUGGGGUUACCGUGGUGGAGUCUCCUGCGAAAAUUGGGGCGGCCAUGCUUGACGUCUUCAAACAAAGGGGCCUUGUGAAUUAGCAGCUUGACAAUGGCAGUUCACUUGCAAUCACACCUAUAAUAUUCUAUGGCAAGAUGCCGAAAACAAGAUGAUUGUCACCAGUUUUUCAGUGAUUAUAAGUUAACUAUGAAGGAGCAUUUGAAUGCUCGGAGUUUUUCCUUUGCCCCAUUAAUUUGUUUAUGAGAUACGUUUUGUCGUACAUAACAAAUGAAACUACAUAUGUUGAAGAGUA